UGAAUGCGCAGUGGCGCUUAUAAAGUUGUGGAGCACACAUUUCCCAUCACUACUAAACAGUACGACCAGUGGCUGUUGACGGUGGUUCUGGUUGUAGUGCCUUUGCCGUUCUGAAUGCUUCAAGUUCAGGCUGAACUUGUUUUUACAAAGCCGUUUGGACUUUGAGCGUGUGGACGUGUGCGGUGUCAGCAUUAAUUUAGUUUAUAAUUUAUGCAGAUAUAAGUACGCGCUUUGAGUUCUAUACUACAAUUCCGGUGGCUGAACACAUUCAGUUGUGUUUGCUCUCGGUGCGGCAAUCCAAACACAGUAUCAUUUGGACAGGCGAUCGGCGUGGUCACGCACAAACUAACCAAAUAAAACAUUAACAAGCACAAAUCAAAUAUGCUGACUAAAGUCUUCCGUAUGGUGAUGCUGGGUGCGCCCGCCUCAGGUAAGGGUACAAUCUCGAAACGCAUUGUCGAAAAGUUCGGUUUCGUACACAUUUCACCCGGCGACAUGUUGCGAUUGAAUGUGGUGCACAAUACCGAGUUGGGCAAGAAGGCGAAAAAAUUCAUGAACGAGGGCAAACUGGUGCCAGAUGAUAUUGUAAUGAAAUGUGUGCUCAGCCGCAUUACCGAGGUGGGCAACAAAUCGUGGAUGCUCGAUGGCUUUCCACGUACAUUGGCACAAGCUGAACGUUUGAGCGCUAGUGAACCAUUACAUGCGGUUAUUAAUUUAGAAGUGCCACAUGAUGUGAUCAUUGAACGUGUGAAGGGACGUUGGAUUCAUUUGCCGUCCGGACGUGUUUAUAAUGUGGGCUUCAAUGAUCCCAAAGUGCCGGGUAAAGACGAUGUGACCGGUGAGGAUUUGGUGCAACGCGAUGACGAUAAGCCCGAAGUGGUGGCGCGUCGCUUGCAAGUGUACGAGGAGAUGUUGCGACCAGUGUUUGACUAUUAUCAGAAACAAGAGCUGAUCACUAACUUCAAGGGACGCACUACCGCUGAAAUAUGGCCGCAGGUGGAGAAAUUCCUAUUGGAGAAGACAAGGUCGGCAGUUGCCAAGAGGGUUUAAGGCUGUGAGACGUUACCAAAAAACGUUAAGGAUAUGUUUAUGCGAGUAUUGUAGUUGUGCGCUUGUGGGGAAUACACAAAGCCCACUUUACUUCAACGUGUUGGAACCAAGAACAAUAAUUGUAAACGUUAAUUAACGAUAUAUACAUUCAUUAAUACAAAUGUACAAUAUACAUAUAUAAGCAUAUGUAUUUAAUAGUUAUGUGCUGCUCUUUAGGUCCCGAUUACUAGUGUAGUUUUACAUAUUUACAUAUGUAUUAUUACAAAUAUAUUGAUUUAAUUUGUAUAUAAUUUUUUUAUAAACUAAUUUGUAUGAGUAUACCUUUUUCGUGUGAGUAGAAAUUAUAAAUGCUAACGAAACAAUAAUUUGAAAAAAAAACGAAUGUAUCAGUAGUUUUAAAGAAAAUAAAUGUUUAUAUGCCAUACAAAUUGUAUUUGCUUGAACAA